AUGCUACAAAACCUAUGCGAUGUGAAAAGGCCAUGCAGGGCCUAUGAAAAGGCCAUCUUUAUACAACGCUGUGUUCUCACAACUCAAGACAGUCAGCAACAGUGCUUCCUCAGUAAAUAUAUGUCCUCAGAAGCCACAGUGGACACCAGCAGUGUGCUUCCAGCCACUGUAUGGCCUUACAAGCCACCCAUGACAACAUGGCCAGUGAUGAUGCAUCCCCAGCAGCAAAGUAGUCUUGCCAACCAACAGUGGCAAGAUGGACAACAAUGUUGCAUCAGCAGCAAUGCAGUGCUCUCUCCAAGCAUUAGUGGCACUAUCCAUGGCACUAACUCCACCAAGGAUGUUCAGCAUGAAGUGAACGAGAUGGUGACAGUUCUGGAAGCCAGCAAUCGUGUGGGAGGACGAGUACAGACAUAUCGAGAUGAGAGAGAAAGCUGGUUUGCAAAUCUUGGGCCCAUGCGUUUACCUGAAUCACACAGGAUUGUCCGUGAAUAUGUUAAAAAGUUUGGCUUGAGUCUGUCAGAAUUCAUUCAGGUGGAUGAUAAUGCCUGGUAUUUGCUUAACAACAUCAGGAGAAGAAUCUGGGAAGUCAAGAAGGACCCCAGCCUUUUGGAGUAUGAUGUGUAUCCCUCAGAAAAAGGCAAAGACGCUGAGCAGCUGUAUCGAGACGCCCUUAAAAAGGUUGUUGAAGAGUUGAAUCAGACAAACUGUAGUUACAUACUGAAUAAAUAUGAUGCUUUCUCAACUAAGCAAUAUUUAAUCAAGGUGGCAAAUCUGAGUCGCGGAGCUGUCCAGAUGAUUGGGGACAUAUUAAAUGAAGAUUCUGGGUAUUACCUCUCUUUCAUUGAGAGCAUGAGAGGCGAUAAUAUAUUUUCGCACACUAAAAGAUUUGAUGAAAUUGUUGGAGGCUUUGAUCAGCUGCCAAGAGCCAUUUAUAAAACCAUUCCAGAAACAGUUCACUUCAAUGCCAGAGUGGUCAGGAUAGAACAGAGGGGCCCCACUGUCACUGUGAUUUAUCAGACACCAGCUAAAACACUGUCAAGUAUAACAGCUGACUAUGCCAUGGUCACCUCAACAACCAGGGCCACCCGCCGCAUCUAUUUUGAUCCACCCCUCUCACCAAACAAAACAGAUGCUUUGCGAUCUACUCACUACAGGAGUGCCACCAAGAUCUUCCUUGCCUGCAAAAAGAAGUUCUGGGAAGAUGAUGGCAUUCAAGGUGGGAAGUCCACAACUGACCGCCCAUCUCGAUUCAUCUACUACCUUGCCCAAAACUUCUCUGGCGGUUCAGGGGUUGUCUUGGCUUCCUAUGUUCAAGGCGAUGACUCCCGGUUUUUUCUGUCCCUCAGUGAUGAGGACAUUCUUAACAUCAUCAUGGAUGACCUCUCAGCCAUCCAUCAGCUGCCCAAAAGUGAGAUCCAGACUCUCUGCCACUCCUCAGUGAUAAAGCGAUGGAGCCUGGAUGGGUAUUCUAUGUGUGCUUAUGCUUCUUUUGUCCCCUACCAGUUUGUAGAUUAUAGUGAGGUUCUCAAGAUGCCAGAAGGUAGAAUACAUUUUGCAGGGGAGCAUACCUCCAAGCUCCAUGGCUGGCUGGACACUACAAUAAAGUCAGGCCUGAGGGCAGCAAAGGAAAUAAACAUUGCAUCUGAGAAAGAACAUUCAGGAAGGAAAGCAAAUGAGAAAGGAGAACUUUAAAAGGGAUCUCUAAAAAAGAAGAACAGUAAUUUGAAGAUAUACUUUUUGGUGAUGGGAGAUCCAACCAUAUGCUUUUUCAGAAUCCUGCAAUUGCUGCUAGAAUUGGUGAUCUCACACACACACACACACAUAGAGAGAGAGAGAGAGAGAGAGAGAGAGAGAGAGCUAGAGAGUGGGGUUUUAAGCCCGGGCAAAUAAAAUCUAACACCACUGCACUGGACUGGUAGCAAUAUCUUUCUCUCAGAGCUGGGAGAAAGUUACACUUGUUCCUUCACGUUUGCAGCUUUGAGUUUUGCAGGUUUGAUUAUUCACUGAUUUUAUUAAUAUGUUCUCUCAAGGAAUAUCUAGGUCCUCCAGAGCAACUCUAUGGUCAACUUUAACCAAAAGUUGCACUGAAGAAUCUAGAGAUUCCUAGAGAGAACACUCCACUAGGCAUUUGUAGCUCCCCCAGCACAAUUCUAUGGUCAAUGUCUGUGUAUUUUUAUGGACCAUAACUCACAGAAAUCCCCAAAAAUUCUGGGAGCGGUAGCCCAAAAAGUAACAUUUGCAUUUCCAGAUUCCUUUAUAGCUUAAUGGUAAAGUGACAAGCAUCUA